CAGUGGCUUCGCAUAAAUCUCCGAGUUUGGCGGGAGUAAACCACAAGCGGAAAUGUACGUGCGCGUAAUAUGCAGGGUCAAAACGCGGUAGGCGCUUUUCCCGCUUGACAGAAGGCCUGACAUUCAGAGUGUCUGUCGCAGCUCCCGCCGGGUGCAGGACCUUCUUGAGCGACUCGUACGUGAGCGUUGUUGCGGGCUGUUUAAGGUGUCUUUUUCACCAUGAGUGCUUCCGACAUCUACCGUUUUCAAGAUGGGCUCUACAUUAGCUGCAUAUUCCAAGAGCCCAUCAUCAAGGAAGCUCUCGCCUACAAGCCCAAGCCAGGCGACAUGUUCAUUGUCUCCUACCCAAAGUGCGGCACCACGUGGAUGCAGCACAUCGUUUACGCCAUCUAUAACGAUGGCAUUCCGCCCAAGGACAUGGAUGACUUCAUGAGAAGGGCACCCUUCCUAGAGCUACUGGGAACCGGAGCUGUGGAGAGUAUGCCGCGUCCCGGAGCCAUAAAGACUCACCUUCCUUACUCCCUCCAGCCCAUGUCGCCGGAAGCCAAGUACAUUUACGUGACGCGUAACCCUUACGACUGCUGCGUCUCAUUCUACCACCACACAAAGUCAUUCCCUGCAUAUCAGUUCGCCCAAGAACCAUUUGAUAAGUUUUUCGACAUGUUCCUCGAAGGGAAAGUUGACUUCGGCGACUACUUCGACCAUCAGAUAUCCUGGUACGACCACAGGAACGAUGAUAACGUCCUCGUCAUAACUUACGAGGAGCUCAAGCUGGAUCCCCGUGCAGGAAUUCUCAAGAUUGCCGACUUUCUCGGAGAAGGUUACGGGAAGAAGCUGCGAGAGCAACCGGAAGUUUUCGAGAGGAUCUUGAACACUACCAGCUUGGACACCAUGAAGGGUUUCAACAAGGAGUUCAAGAAUUGGACUACGAAGGCAGCUGAUUUGAUUGGAGACACGGGCAAGUUUAAAUCUGCAUCCGCGGAAGCAGUGGAAGACUUGAAGAAGCCGAUGACUGGAGACUUUGUCAGGAAGGGAAUCAUUGGUGACUGGAAAAACCACUUCACGCCGGAUCAAAUUAGGCGCAUGAAGGAACGAAUUGCGGCCAAGACCAAGAACAGCACGGUCAUGAGCCUUUGGAAAGACAUUGACCUUCCCUAAACAAAUAUGUAUUUAUGUACCUCUUGAGAUACUGGACGUAAACGAAAGACGCACACACUGUUGAUAUUGAGCGCAUGUUUGUUUUGUAUUUUUGGACAACAUUAAACAAGUCGGGAUGUGUGUACUGACGAAACUAGAA